ACCUGCCUACCAUUCACAUGUGCUAAAUGAAGGACAAGGGAGUUAAAAAAAAAAAAAAAAAAACUUAUCUUAAAGCUUCAAAUGUCGAAAACUGCAAAACAUACACUAACACACAAGACUCAUCCUUUUGCAACCAACUGCUAGGGUUCCUGAUCUACUGUAGGUCUAAGCUUUAUUUUUGGCAACAUCUUCAUUUGCCACGUCGACUUACUCCCAUCUACUACAAACCAUUACACAAUGCUGUUAGCAGAGGAUCUCAGUCACGGUGACGGCGGCGGGACGGAUGAAUUGAGCAUUGUUGAUUCUAUUCCCAUUCACCCUAUGGGCAUUAAACCACUUGGGAACCUGUACUUUACAAAUGUUCUCAAUGCCCGGCGACACAUAGGCACUGUGAGCCACUUGCCAGAUGAGAUGAUUUUACAUCUGCUCGAGUAUCUCGAUACAACCUCGUUAAGAAAACUUGCCGCUACCUGCCGUUUUCUGUAUGCGUUUGGACAGCUGGAUGAUCUAUGGAAAGCCCUGUUCUUGGAGUCUCCACAUUCCCAGGAGGGAAAUGAGGUCGUCUGGAAAGGCACUUGGAAAGCCACAUACCUCCGUAUACCAGCUGAAGAGCAAAGCAGAAUUGAUUGUAGCAAUGUUUUCUCGGAUGUCUUGCACAGGCCGUUUGUCUGUUCACAUAUUGCUCUAGCGAAAUACGCAUCAACUAUACCUGCGUCAAAUGCAAUAUCUCGCCUACCGAGUCUUAGUUAUGAUGAGUUCGCUCAGAGUUGGAGCAACACGCCCUUCAUCUUAACCCAUUGCAUACAAACAUGGCCGGUUUGCCAAGAAUGGAACAUUCAGCAACUUCAACAAAAGUUCUCCAAUGUUAGUUUUCGAGCUGAAGCAGUUGACUGGCCAUUCUCGACAUACUAUAAGUAUAUGUCAGAAAAUGAGGACGAAAGCCCGCUUUAUUUGUUCGAUCGCUGGUUUGCAGAAAAGAUGAACAUAGAAAUUGGGCCGCAGAACAGCUCGGUGUACUGGCCGCCUGACUGCUUUGGUCCGGAUUUGUUCGAGGUACUGGGUGCAGAACGACCGGCGCAUCGAUGGCUCAUCGUUGGUCCGGAGCGUAGUGGUUCUACAUUUCACAAGGACCCAAAUGCGACAAGUGCUUGGAAUGCUGUUGUUCAAGGGUCGAAGUAUUGGAUUAUGUUCCCACCUUCUACACAAGUUCCUGGUGUCUUUGUAUCAGAAGACAGUAGUGAGGUUACCAGUCCGCUAAGCAUCGCCGAGUGGCUUCUCGAAUUCCAUGUUGAGGCUCGGAAACUUCCUGGUUGUAUUGAGGGCGUAUGCAAAGCGGGAGAGAUCUUGCAUGUGCCCAGCGGGUGGUGGCAUUUAGUUGUCAACCUUGAGACUGGCAUAGCUCUCACACAAAACUUCGUACCCAAGUCUCACUUAACAGAUGUUCUCUCGUUCCUCAAGAAUAAGCCGGAUCAAGUUACAGGGUUUAACAAGACUAUUAGUAAUCCUUUCGAACUUUUCGUGCAACGAUUGGAACAGAGCUAUCCUGAGCUUCUAAACGAGGCGCUCGUAGAGCUCAAGCAAAGAGGCGAGAGGAAAAAAAGGAAGUGGGAGGAGGCCGUCGGGACAAAGUCCGAGUCGGAGAAUGGAGGCGGCGGCUUCAGCUUUGGAUUCGCCGAAGAUGACAAUGAAGAAAUACCGUAGAGACAACAUGGGGACGACAAAAAGAGAGACACGCAGAGCUCUGAAGCAUCCUCCUGGCCCCCUCAACGCGACCCGAUAUGUCAUGAUCUAGAAGAACAUGUCCUUCUUGCCCAAGAUAAGACGGUUUUUUUAGCACAUUGAGGAUGCUGCAUAGCGGCAGUAGGCAGUCGCUUGCUUGCUGUUUGCGGAUACAAUACUACAUAGGUGCAUAUAUGUCUGUAAAUUUCUUGAUCUUAACUAGGCCACAUGAUCCCAGUGCCCAUCA